AUGGCGUGUAAACCGCCAAUCUACAAUGGGGAGGUCGACCCGAUAAUAUGCCAAAGAUGGAUAAGUGAUGUCGAAGGAGUGUUUGAACGGACCCAUUGUGACGUAGGUGACUUUGUUGCUUAUGGGACGGGUCAAUUGAGGGGUCAAGCCAAGGAUUGGUGGGACAAUAAGAAGAAAGAAAUAGGAGCCGAAGCGGCGAGGGUUAUGACUUGGGAUGAGUUUAAAGUGCCAUUCCUUAAACACCAUAGUCCCAAAGCGGUUAUUAACAGAAUCAAGGAAGAAUUCAUCCAGCUAAGACAAAAGGGUGAAACAAUUGAUAAGAUCACGGGCAUCUUUAUGGAUAAGCUGAGAUUCUGUGACGAGUUGUUCAUGACUCCCUCAAAGUAUGAAACCCUCACGGAAAUUAUCAACACAGCCCGGGAGCAGGAAAUCGAAUUGAAGAAACAAGUUGAGAGGGGCGAGCGAAGGGCACAGGAUGUGAAUCCAAGCCCUACAAAGAAAGCUCGAACUGCUGAAUCGGGAAAGAAAGCGGAUGCUAAAAGUGGGUCGCCCAGUUGCAAAGUAUGUGGAAAAGGACACAAGGGAGAGUGUCGGUUCAAAGACAAGCCGUGCCCAAUAUGUAGUAAAACGGGGCACACGGCGUCUCUAUGCCCGGGUAAAGUUUCAGUUUGCUGCAAAUGCUAUCAGCCCGGCCACAAAAAGUCCGAAUGCCCAGACCUAGUUGGAAGAAGGGAUGUUAAGGAAUCUCCAGCAGAAGCCCCAAAGGCAAAGGCUCUCCUUCCAACUUACUGCGGUUGA